GUUUUGGUCUCAUUUCGAAUAUGCAACAUUCAUCAUCCAAAUAUCAACUUAUUUCGUGAAUAUUAUAGAAAUUUAACAAUGAUAUUGCUAUAUUUCUUAUAAAACAUUCAACUGUAAAGGCAUAUGAUGUUAUUUAACAUCGAUCGUUAAGGAAUCGUCGUGAUUAAACAUGCGAUCGCUCAGAAAAACACAAAGAAUUUGUGCUGGUAGAAAGCCUUUGCAAAACCAAAAUGUUGGUCAGUGUUUACAUGGGGACAAGCACAUUUUUUGGUUCGAUAGCGGAGCGAUCUUCUCAGUUAUAUGCAACAGAAGACUGUCAUCCGAUUCGACUGUGGAUAUGAAGUCAAGCAAAGUUCCAAGAAAAAAUUACAAUGAAAGAAAUAUCAAGAAAAGGACAUUUAGUCAACCCCAAGUAUGUAGUUCUGUUAUUAAUUAAUUUAACUUGGAUUACACGUCUAGGGCCCCAGCUCCAAAAGGGCCCCGAAAGCAAUGAAAGCCCUUAAAAAUCCUUGAUGCAAGAUUGCUUAACUCAUUGAGUUGCAUUGGUCCCUGAUGUGCUGCGUACAUUAUUAGUAUUUUACUCCGUCUAAUGCCAGACGAUUUUACUCGUCAAUUAAGGGAGCACUGGUGCUUAAUGGGUUAACUAGCCUAUCUGCUCAUGUGUCUAGUUAACCUACUGAGUUGCAUUGCGCCCUGACGGCAUAUUGACUCUGUCUAACGCCAGACGAUUUUCCUUGUCUACAGGAGCGCGUUGGUGCGUAAUUAAUGGGUUAACUGAGAUAGAAAUCCUAAAGUAUAUAAAUGUAUUGUAAACACCACUUUUCCCGUUUUACAGUUAUGACUUCAUAGCACCCCCCCUGGGAACGUUUUUGCCCCGAUUGCGAGCCCGGGCCCGCACAACCUUUCUUGUUGCCCUAAGUACAUCAUAAUAAAGUAGGGCGUAUCAGGGUGCAAUGCGACUCAAUGGGUUAAUGCCGAGAUCUAUAUGUUAGAUUUACAUAUCACCUUCUGUGUAUACCUAUACUGUAUGUGGUACAUGGUUGAAAAUAAAGAACUACCAGACUGCAAUCUGCAGUGAGAUUCAGAUUUGCCUUCCACUACUGCUACCUCUCACCGGCAUAAUUCACAUCUGAUUACAGGGUUUUUUUCAUGAUUUUCUCUUGGGUCCGUUUUUGCAGAGAAGAUUGAGUUUAGCUGAACAACUGGGGUGGCUGCACCCCCCCUACAGUGCAACAUGUAGUUGAGAUGCAAUGUGUUAAAGCAGGGGCACUAAGGGAUACUAUAAACUGGUUAAAGAUGGCGAAUGCAUAGUUUUUCUUGUGUUGUGAGAUGAAUUCCAGCCAUUUUUUCUUAAUUGUUGGUUUUCCAACUGAAAACUAAUUUCCACCGUCACAAAUUUAACUCAAAUAACUUCAUUUUUACUGCACUGAAACUUUGGUGAGAAGAUUGAGUUUCAAAACUCAAUUCAAGAUUGAGUUUUUGGGGCCGUUUUACAGCCCUAAAAAAUCCCUGAAAAAAAAACUGGAUAGUUGAUCGGAUAUAUAUCUAACACAUUUGAUUGGCUAAUGGUCCCUUAAUUGCUGAAUUUGAACCUCUCUAUGAUGUUGGAGUACCGCCAUACCUCUGGUACAGUACGGUACAUAAGUACAGUAGGCAAAUUACUGCCCCUUGACAAAUGAUGACAAAUUAUAUAAUAAUCACAAAAAACUUAGUUUAUUAUGAUUUACAUUGAUUUCAUUGAAUGUCCAUUAUUAGCUACAAUUUGUUCAUCUUUCAACUGAACAGCAUAACAAAUUUUGAAACAACCAAAAUACAGAAUCUGAUGCUUAAAAUUUAGAAUCGCAAAUAUUUUGCAAAACCAAAGGAAUUGAAGCUAGAGGAUUCGAUACUAAUUACCAAUCAAAAAUCACUUAAUGAUACUGCUAACGAUACUGCUAUUAUUAGACUACAGGGUAUACCAGUCCUGUAGUUAUUCUAUGCUUUACAACCAAUUAUAAGGUGAUAGCAUAGAUGCAUGGUCAUAAUUUGCACCGAUAUUACAGUCUAGUAGUACGGAAAAUCAUACAUUGCCACAUAUACGGUACUGUACUGUACUACAGUAUAUGUACUGUAUAUGGGCAACCCCACAUGAGAGCUGAGAAGACUAAAAAAAUUGGACCAGAAAACUAAUCGAUAAAAACUAAAAAUGACAUGGUGUACAUACCGCCGUAUGUUUUUAUUGAAAUGCUGAUUUUGAACUGACCUAAGAAGCCAGGGCAGGCCUAGGUCUGAUACGAAUAUGUAAAGUAUUCAUAUACUAGUAUGUAAUGUCCACAACAACUCAUUUGUCUUCGUGGUAAAAACAGAGAACUGUAACUCCAAAUAGUGUGACGAAAAUUAAACCUGACAAAUAUAUUGAUAGUAACAGACUGAGUGUAACUCAAAUAGCUCCCCUAAACGUUUUCAUUUCACAGGAAAAUACGAUCACACAUCGUCGCCAAAUAUACAUGGUUCAUUUUCGUAGCGCCCGCAAUGCAUGUAUUAUGUACAAAUUUAUGGGUUGGAAAAGUACAAAUUUAUGGGUUGAAGUUUUUAAGAAAUCGGCGGCAUUAAGGAACAUCGGCGAAGACAUGGAGAAAUACGAGGUUCAAGAGCUUGACAAGUUCACAAUUUAGUUACGAAUAAAUUUUGCCCUCUAUGAUUAAUGAUUUAGAACAAGUAAGCGCAUAGUUCCUCGUAAAAUUAAUUAUGUUUUAAUUUCACUUGUGUUUUCAAAAUUUCACAUUAUUCACAAUUUGUGAAACUUUGAAACCACGCGUGAAAUGAUCCCUUAAUUUUACUCGCCCCAUCAUGCGAUUACCUAUACAAAUUUACAAUUGGUAGUAAAAUGCAAAUAAACACACAGACUGCAUUUUGAUGUUUACUCUCGUAUGUGCAUCGGACUCUGCAGUCUGGUUAACAUCAUGGUGUAAAUAUUUUUCUUCAAACCGCAUACUGUAGCUAAGCAAAAGAUCAAGAGAAAGACCUGUACCAGCAACAAGAGUGAGUCGAUUGGCAAAUUAUGGAGGUUGGUACUUCUACACAUGUCAGUCUUGUAUUUCCCUAAUAACCGAAUUCAUAUUAUAGGGACGGGAAACUCGUCUAAUACGAAUCCGGGGGCAGACGAGUUUCCCGUCCGAACUUUCCCGUCCGAACUUUCCCGUCUAACUUACCCGUCUAAACAGACGGGAAAGUUAGACGGAAAUCCCAUCUAGACGGGAAACUCGUCUUAAAUUCGAAUUUAUCCGUCAAUAAAUUCAUAUUCAGACGGGUUUUCACAGACAAGUUUCCCGUCUAAGACGAGUUUCCCGCCCCUAACAUGAAUUCGGCUAUUGAGAAAAAUAAUUUACAACUGCAUUUGGUGAAUGUGACACCAUUAUUCUGUUCUAAAGUUUGUGAGUCGCGGGUUGCCUUGGUAAAAAACUUUUUGGGAACAGGGUGACAAAGCCAAACUUUUCAAGUGACCACAGACCCUCCAGGGAUAUUCUGAAUAAUCCAAUUACACACGCAAAAAUCUCACAUCUUGUAACAAGUUUGUCAACAAGCCGUCAACAAGUUGUCUUCGCACUGCUUGUCACAAGUUGUCAGCAAGUUUGGAACAAGCUGUUAACAAUUUGUAUUGUCAGACUUGUUACAAGGUUGUUCCAUCAAGCUCGAUACUGUCAUAGUGAUGAUAUAGCAGUAUUGUUACAGUCUUGCGUCGUCAACCUUGUAACAUUCUUGUUUAUCAUGGCUGUGUCAGACUUGUUAGAACAACCUUGUGACAAGUCUGAUAAUGCCAUCAAGCUUGUUACAAGUUGUUAACAGCUUGUUCCGAACUUGUUGCAACAACUGGGAACAAGCAGUGCGAAGACAACUUGUUGGCAGCUUGUGAACAGAUUUGUAACAACUUGUUUGUAGAUCUGUAUCAACUUGUGCGUUUUUACGUGUGUAAUCUUAGAAUAUACAUUUGUUUCAUACAUCUAUAGGAUUGGCUGCAAGUCUUGGUUUGGGUGCCUUGGCUGAGGUGGCAAGACGGCAGCUUGGUUUUGGCGGAGGUUUUUUUUGUGUUUUUUUUUAAUAAUGUGUUCCUCAACUUGAGUUCAAGUCAAUAUAACCCAUUCGUUGCAAGACUGGCGGGCUUUUUUUAAAUAGUACAUAUAAGGAUAAUUUUUUCCCUACUUAAUACUACAGCAAUAUUUUUUACUUGCUGACGAAGGGCUUUCGCUCAAAACGUUGCAGUUCUGCUUAUAUAUUUUUCUGAUAGUCCCAACCUUCAUCACAUUGCAGCUGUUUUUUAUCAUUGCUAUACAUACUGUACCUAGAAUGGCACCGAUCGUUUUGAACAAGUAUGCUCAUCAACCCAACAAAAAUCGUCUGGAAUUAGACGAAAUACAGUAAUUCACCAAUAAAAUGGGGCGCAAUUAUACAGGAACAGUGCUGCUUAAUGGGUUAACAGACCCUGGCCGAUAGUUUGGUUAUAGGAGGCGAUUAUUUGUUUUGGCUUAAUUUUGUAGUUUACACAGUAUGGCAACCAUUUUAAAUGAAUCUGCCAGUUGACAAUUAUCAUUGAUGCUGUAACAUUGACGCCAUAUUAUUUUAAUACGUCAGGAAUAUAAGCAAAACUUAACUACCGAACUUCAGACAUCAUUUUCUCAUUGGUGUACCAUCUAAAGUCUUUUCAAUUUUGUAUUAUUAGUUUAAAGCACUAAAUAUACUUUUUAAGUUUUUUUCCGCUUGAAAAGUGUGUCAAAAAUUUAAAAAUUGAGUAUAUAGUCAAUUUGGAUCUUGAGAAUAUUUUACGCGGAUUUGCGGAUCUUACUGAUACAGCGGAUUGCGGAUUUAUCAAAUAUUUUGGCUCAGAUUGUGGCCUUUGCUUGCAAUUUAGUUCGGAUCCUGGAUUGUGACUUCAUAGUAGAGCUUUUAGCGGAUACAAAUUUAGACAAGACAAAGACAAGACCAUUGUCGGAUCGGCGGAUUUUGCUUCACAUUUGGGCGGACCGGCGGAUUUGUUUGCCCCUAUUCACCUCCUGUCAUAUUAACCCUUUAAGUGGUAAUGCACUGGUAUACUGUUAUCCUGUUAUCCUGUGCGGUACAUUUUUUAGACGUUUGUGUAUUAGACGUUAUAAUUUCUCCUUAGAUAUUGGUAACGAAGGCAGUCCGUUUUUAACUGAAGCAAACGCCACCAGAAUUGUUAACACUUUAUGUAAAGUGCGAGGGGCAGCCUUGAAACUUGGGCAAAUGCUUAGUAUCCAAGGUGAAUGA